AUGGCAGAUUUUGGCUUUUCUUCGUCGCCUUCUUCCAGUUCAGGAGGUGGAAUGGAUAGCGCUAAAAGAAGUGAAUUGAUGGACCAAGUUAAAAGCCAGCUUUUAGUCGCACAGUUGCAGGAGUUACUGUCGGUAAGUUUAUAUCGAGGGAGGGCAGUUUACAUGUGUACUACACGUGCACAAAUAAGCUUUAAAUGUGUGCCCAACCGGCGUUUUCCAUUCAUGACAAUAAUAUUCAUUCAACUUAAUUAAUUUUAUUACUGGCUGCAUUAUGUACGGCUCGCACUACACACAAUCCAUCGGAAAAUACAAGGCUUAAUGCAACAACGAUACCCGCCAUCUUUAUUACACGCGCAAGCGAUGUCACAUGGUACUUAAAUGAGAAAUCGAGGUUUUACAGUAGUUUCAGUGUUUCCAAGUGUUAUGUAGUUAUUGCUUCCUGUUCCUGUCAUCCUGUGAGGACAUUUACAAUAGGCCAGUUGCACUAAGAGGUCACGUGACCAAUGCUUCCUUUAAACAAUGAGUUGGAAUCUUGCUGAUGCCAAAAAUUGACAGAGCACAUAAAAAUUAUCUUACACCCGAAAUUUGAGGGGAAAUGCAUUUAAGGGAGAUAUUUUAUGGCACUUUGAUUUUUGAACAAAGCAGUAUGAUUUGUAUUGGCUGCCAUGUUGGAGGGCAUACUCUUGCCCUCCAACAUGGCGGCCAAAACUACUUUUUGCUUCUAUCUUGUUAAACGUUUGAUAGUUACGCUCAGAUGUGCUGUAAACGUUACCACAUCAUCUUUUCAACAUUUUCCUUGAACUUUAAGUGCAAAAUUUGUGUUCUGAAAGAUGUAAUUCCUAAUUUUAAAAAUCACAUUUUGGUCACGUGACCAGCUACGAACUUACUCAUUUUAAGAAAAUGGUGCGGGUUUGACAAACCAAAUCACUAUUAUUUUGUUUAAGAUAUGACCCACUAAUCGUUUUUCGAAGGCAAAAUCAUAUACCUUUCAUUUUCAAAAAACGAUGUCACAUGCCUCUUGGUGCAAAUGGCCUAUUUCGCCUUCGUAUGAUCAUUUUGUGUGAGGGGACUGGGGCGAGUUUCAAGACCAAAACCUUUUAGCCAAGUAGAAUUAUUAUCAAGGUCGCUAUUAAAGGGACACAGUCAGCUAUCGGACCGUGCUGACCUGGACACCACUUUUGCCAGUUUGGAAAGUGUUUACCUCAACCUGAAAUCAAAUGUACGCCUCGGAUACAUCUAGAAAUCCGCUUCAGUCUUGCCUAGUGUUUCAUUUGAUCCUCAAUCUGUUAUAGAAAACCUCUUUUUGAGCAAGCUUUAACUCAUCCUAUGACAUUAUUUUAUCAUAUUUGGUCAAAAACAGUAUCCAAAGGAACAUGAACAGAAGAGGUGAGAAACGUGUAGGUGCCGGGUGAGAGAAAUUGCUAUCAGUUACCAAAAUAACAGAAGAAAUGAAUCAAUAACAUUGGCAAGCAGAUAAUCGUUAUAUAUAUUUGGAAAAUAGAUGGAAAAGGUUGCAUAUGUUUGGAAAAUCAAACAUUCUCGACCUUGAACCUUCGACAAUGAUUCAUGCAGACUCCGUAUCAUUUCUCACCUCUACUGAUGAUCGAAUUCAGAAGCAUUCGUUGAUGUUUGGCUUUCCCUGGACAAAUCCAUCGGUGAAUUCUCAAUGUAACUAGUUCAACUCUACAAGGUUUGUUUUGAGUAUUCCCGAUACGCUUCUCAAAUUCUGUUUGAGGCGCGUGUCUUGUGACAUGCAAAUCAGCUAAGAAAUAGUAUCUAAUGUAUUUGUGCAUCAGCUGACUGUGUCCCUUUAAAAUCAGUUGGACUACGAAAGGGGCCAUAAUUAUGUCUUUUUAAGUGACCGGUGAAAAUCACAGCCACCUUUGAAGUCCCAAUGUUAUAUGCACACUAGGUGAAGCACAGUGCAGAACAUUGGAAUUACCUUCAUUGCAUUAAAAGAUGGUGGGUAUCGUGAAUAAGGUCUAUUCUUAGCACGUGGGAUGCAAUUUAAUAUGGAGAUGAUCAUAUUUGAUGAUGCAUCAGGGUUUGCAAAUUUUAUUGAUGAAUGGAGUCACUGUGACUUCUGCUUCACAAAUUUUGGAGUCAUUUUGGAAUAUUUGGAGUCAAGUAUCACAACGAAAAAAGCCUUUUUCAGACUUUGCAGCACGUGGUCCUGGCAUGUACGUGUAUACACUAUCGUGAGGGAUACACAAAGUAGCUGUGGCAGUCCGCUGACCUGGAAAGCUCAAAUCCAUGAUGGCGGUCAUCGAGUAAACUUUGAUCAUAAUUUACCCUCUUCCUGUUUUGUCGUGCAGUAUAAUUCUUUAAUUUUGAUGAUUUAAUUAAGGUUUACAACAUUUACAAUUAACGUAAAUUGUAUUUGUUGCGAAAAAGGUAAGGACAAAACUGUGUUUGUUACCGAAAAUUUCUGGAGUCGAAGUGGCUCCCUGUUUGUUACUAAAAAUUUCUGGAGUCAAAUAGACUCCCUCCGUAACCUCUGUGGAGUCAUCUGAACAAUUCUGGUGUAUUGGCGAACCCUGAUGCAUGCACAGCUCUCAAGUUAAUUUGCUGGCUAAGGGUGAGAUUUUUUGAAAGCAUAGCCGUCAAUAAUAUUGUGACGCCAUACAGCUGACAUCUUCCUGGGGUGGGGUGGUGGGAUGGGGGGGGUAGAGGGGGAGACCAGGCUCCCAUACGUAAUACAACUGGUUCAAAAGAUGACUUUUCGUUGGCCAGUUUGAUAGUAAAAAUGACCAACACAUGGUCCAUAAUGUUGUGGAAAAUUUUUACCGUUUAUUUUUACCAUAAAGAGUUAGAGACUAGUUUAUCUUGGUGCCUCUUGUGUUUUGAAGCAAGUACAUUCAUGUACAUAUCUGGUAUCAACAGCCAUUUUAUAUCCUUUUACCUCUUAACCAGAAAAUGUCAGAUAAAUGCUUCAAAAAGUGCAUUUACAAGCCAGGGACACAGUUGGACAAUUCAGAGCAGGUGAGAAUGAAAUCCUUUCUGAAAUAACUAGAAGUAGGUUUGUUACCAGGUAAAUCCGCUGUCAAAAAUUUGACUUUUGAGUGAGUUGAAAUUGAAUAUCUUUGUUGAAAAUAAAAUAUAAUGCACUUUAUUACAGCCAGCUCUCUCUUAAUGGACACCUCUCCACGACGUUAUAUGGUUUUUGAAAACUUGUUAGGCUGAUAGUUUUUCAAAGUUCAUUUUUGUUGCUUGAAACAGUCAUUAUUUAAUUAUUUAAUGCCUGGGAGACAUAUUUGUUUUACACGUAGCUCUGAUAUUAUCAUUUACAAGUGAUUUCUCAAGUUCUAUAGCAAAUAAGAAUGCGCAACUGGUAUUAUCAACAAAAUGAACUAGACAGCCAUAACACAGUCCCUUAACUUAUAGUACUACAGUGUAUGUCUUUCCUUAUAAGAAGCCAAAUCCUGAAUAAACACUGGUUCUGAGAAUGAACUUUUGUAGUAGGAAAAGAUUGAAGGUUAAUAAGGGCAAGGUGCACUAGUGUGUAAAGAAAAAGGAGGGAAUCCUUAGAAGGCCAGAAUAGACUGUAAAUUCAGUCACCUGUGGGACUGCCAUAUCAAGUUUUAAACAAAUACUGGGAGUCCUUGAUGACUGAGAGAAUACAGUAGCCUUGGCACUUAAUGAUUUGAUACUGCAGGGCUAGAAAUUAAAAAAAUCCUCAGGUCGCCAUUUGGUGACCAGCUGGAGAAAUAAUUAUUAUAGUUGCCAGAUCCAAAUUUUUAGUCACCAGUUUGUAUAAUGUAAAUGACGCAGCUCAUAGUAUGGUGCAAUCCAUCAGAUUUGAUUGUUUGAAAAUAUCGCAGACAGAAGUGGGUUUAAAUUUAGAGGUAAACUGGCUUUGUUUAUGCGAUUUGGAACAUUUUUUAUGACUAGAGCAAAGCAAGAUAAGGUGAAAUGUUUGUUUUAACCUUACUCUUUUAAUUUAAAUCUAAAUCGUAGAGAAAAUUUAAUUUGGUCGGCAAAGUGGUGACUAAACCAGAAUUUUUCGUCACCAAGGAGAAAAUGUUGGUAGCUUUGGGGACCGUAUCAGUCACCAUUUCCAGCCAUGUACUGGGGUAAUACUGUAUGCAUGCACUAUUGAUAUAUUGCAAUAACAUUAUGAGUAAAACGCUAACCCAAAACUUGAUACUGUACAAGAGAGGCUAAGACAGCACAAUGUACAUACACUUGUGGGCACUUAAUACAGGCAGUCAUUAUGGCUCUUGAAGGGGGAUUGAAUGUUAAUCAAGAAUAGUAUUAGAUGGUGCCUUCCAUUCUUUCUUAAGCUCUCCAUAUUAUUUGGCUAGAUGCUUUAAAAUGUAGAAUUUUCAUGAUAAUUAUUUAAACAGGGAAAUCUUAAUGAUAAUUAUUACUCAUGUACAUGCACGUGAUUCGUAAAUUUUUCCAUUAUUUCAUUUAUUGUAAAAAAAAAAGCAAAUCAAACAAGAAACAAUAUUGAAACUUAAAACUGCCACUUAUAAGCCGCGGGGCUCAAACAUCUCCGUAAGGGGUUUUAGGAGGCUCAGGAAGGCUUAUAAAUUGGGCUUAUAUCUGUUUGGGCUACAGAGUUCUCAGUACGUCAGUGCUGUCAACUCUCCCGGAUAAUCCAGGAGACUCCAGAUUUUGGACCGUAUCUCCUGGUCUCCAGAUUAGAGUAUGGCAUCUCCCAGAUAAUCGCCAAAAUUGCUAUUUCUUGUAGACUCGACUUUCCGACCAUAAAAUUUCAAACUAGUAAUGUUUUGCAUUGUUUGAGCUACUGCGGGAACGUUUCCCCAUAAAUUCUGGUAUGCCACUGUAAUUUAAGCAAUAAUGUGGCUAAAUAUGAACUGUUUAUGUACUAUAUUUGUCGAUCGGAAUCAACAAGUAUUUUUGGCACAAAUGACAUCAUUAUUUUGUCGUGUGAUAUGACAUCAUCUAUCCUUUCUUCCCUAUCAAUUCUCAAUGUUUGAUGACGUGGGGUGUUGACAGCCCUGGUAAGUGGCGGCAACCAGCUAAAAUACCGGCUAGUUUGAGGUCCGAGCCAUCUACUUUUGGGGAAAAUGGGUACAGUGAGGGUGUGAAAGCCUCAAAUUACCUACAACACUUGAUUGCCAAGCUGCCUAGUUUUACAUCCUAGGCUUGAAAACAUCAUAAUAAAUCGAAUUCAUUUCAACAUAUCUGAUGUGGCUUAAUUGUGGUGGGAGGGUGGAGGGGGGGGGGUGGUCUUAUAAUCAGAUGUAUUUUUUGUUUACAAGUAGAUGGGCUGGGUCAUAACUGGGGGAUGGGGCUUAUAAGGGGCAGUUUAUGGUGUACAUGUACAUUUAUCGUGUUCGCUUCUUUUGUCAUUUCUUUCCUUUUUUUUCUUUCAAAUGUAAUAAAACGGAAAGCAGAAUGAAAUGUUAAGACAGAAUCCAUUAGGAAAGUGAGUAAUUUUAGUUUUCAUUGGACGAAAAUCUUGUACCAGAAUAAAUUAAGCCAUUUCACAUUCUUUUUUACUUUUUUUCAAGGGCUAUAGAUAUAAUUAGUUAUCUGUAAGAACGCCAAAGACAAUUUCUUAUUGGCAGAGAAAAUUGAUUUCAAACUUCACAGAAAUUGUGCAAACACAAGUACAAAUCAUGCUUUGUGAAAUUUGAACCUUUUGAAAUUUAUUUUCUCGGGCUCCAGUAACAAAUUUUCUUUGGUGUUAUUAAAAAUAACUAACUACAUGCAUAGCCUUUGAAGAGCAAUACUCUUUAAAUUAUUCUGGUACAAGAUUUUUGUCUACUGAAAAUAAAAAUUACUCAAUCACUUAAUGGAUUCCGCCGUAAGCUCUACGGUCAUGCGCCUGCUUACUUGAUCGAUUUGAUUGCUAUUAAAGAACAGCCGCGCUAUAAUCUCCGUUCAGCUAGCGGUCUUAUCUUAUUAAAGUAUUCUUACUAGUUUAAAACUGAAAAAGACUUCAGGGGAUCGUGCCUUUUCAUCUGCUGCCCCAAAUUUAUGGAACAAUAUGCCCCUUCACAUCCGUCUUGAGGACAAUUUUGAACGUUUUAAAUCUUUACUUAAUUGAAACGCAUCUUUUUAUAUAGUUUUUGAUAUGUAAUGUUUCUAACCUACUGUGUGAUAUAUUUAGUGUUUUUAUCUUUAUUUAAUUUUAAGCGUUGUUUUCUCUUAGCGUUAAUUAUUAUUCUUAUUUUAGCUUCUAUUUUCUUUUAACAUUUACGUCUUGUCACGCAUUUUUGAUCAUAUUUGCAUGGAAAAGGCGCGUUGUAAAUUUUUAAUUAUUAUUAUUAUUUUUGUUUGUGUCUUUCAGAAAUGCUUAUCAAUGUGCAUGGAUAGGUAUAUGGAUGCUUGGAAUACAGUUUCAAAGACAUACACAACCAGACUACAGAAAGAGCAUAGUCAAGGCGGAAGUUUUUAA